CCCGUGCAAGGCCAUGGCAGGGUUGCGGCUGUUGUUGCUCAUGCAGACUUUGCUGCUCGCAUCUGCAGAUUUCUGCGACGACUUUGACGUCAGUCAGCUUGAUGGCUCAGACCCGCUUGACUACUGCAAGGCUCAGUUCAUGAUGGGACAUCCUCCCAAAAUUGGAACAGUUUGCCUUGCUCGCCCUCAGGAUGCUUUCCCUACCCAGGCUGCCUAUGGCGAGGUAGAUGCCGGAUGUGUUCAGAGAGAGAUCGAGGCUCUCGCAGGCGAGAAAGAUGGCAGCCUCAGAACUUAUCUCAUGUCCAACACCGUUCCCACCGUCAUCGGACCCAGUGGCAAGCUUUACAUCACCGACCAUCAUCACUUGAGCAGAGCUUUGCUGCAGUCUUUCUUGCCAUACGACAAGCCCUACAUACACCGACUGCUCUACUUGUGCAUUAACGAAGACUUGAGCAAAUAUGAUGAGCAAGGGUUUUGGGAUGAGAUGCAAUCCAGGCAAUUAGUAUGGCUCUACGACAAUGAGGGCAACAACAUCACAGUGCAUGACUUGCCACAAUCCGUCAAGUACUUGAAAGAUGAUCCUUAUCGCACUUUAGCGAUGUAUGUUCGCCAGUCAUACGGUUUCAUCAAGUGCGGCUCCAAGAGCGCAAAUUCAAAGUUCCCGCAAUGCGAGGGAGGAAAUGUGACAGCCAAGCCUUACAUCGAGUUCAAAUGGGCCAAACUCUAUCGCGCGCAGUUUCCUCUUCCUGACAUCUACGAUCAGUCGGACCAAGCUCAAGUUAUUCAGCUGCAAAGCGUGUUGGGCCAGGCGAUCACCAUCUCUCUUGACCCACGCAAUGCCGGUCAAGAAGGUUUCAACCGUCUCGGCCCCAAGGUAGCGAGGGCGGGAAACAUGCCAAGAGGCGUUAAGACUGUUUGCAGUCUGCCCAGCAGUGACUCUCGAUGA